AUGUCCAUGAUGCCUGGCUAUAAUGGAGAACAGAACUGCACCUACUCUCACAGAUACCCAUUCCCCGAUGCUAUAUACUUUGACAAGAAGUCUAAACCCUUCUCAACAGAAAUCCAUGGUUUCUCGGACGCUUCUGAACUUGCUUAUGCAGCUGUAGUCUAUCUACGCAUCACAGACACCUCUAAUCGUAUCCACAUUGCUUUGGUGAUGUCUAAGAGCAAGGUGGCACCCAUCAAGCGGCUAACUAUCCCUCGCCUAGAGCUCUGUGGAGCUCAACUACUGGCUCGACUAAUCCAUCAUAUCAGACAAGUACUCGAUAUUCCCCUCUCACUCACACAUGCCUGGACCGACAGCACAAUUGUACUAAAUUGGCUGGAUGGAAAUCCUAGACGCUACAAGACAUAUGUUGGAAACAGAAUCUCAACCAUAGUCGAUCUCAUCCCUCCUGACAAAUGGAGACAUGUUCGCUCAGCUGACAACCCAGCUGACUGUGUCUCAAGAGGACUCUACCCCUCAGAACUCCUUGACCACUCUCUCUGGUGGAAUGGACCCACUUGGCUUAAAGAACCACCAACUAAUUGGCCUGAAAGACUACCUCUCCCUCCAAACAAACCUGAAAUUGAUGAAAAAGAAGUGUCACUACUUGUACUCACUCAAGAUCUCACACCCAUCAUCCCUAUGGAUCGAUUUUCAAAUUAUGACUCCUUGAAACGUGUUACUGCUUGGACUAUUCGUUUCAAUCGAAAUUCUCAAACCAAGAAUAUAGCAGAACGGAUCAAGACUCAUCUCACAACCACUGAAUUGCAAGCAGCAGAAAAUUACUGGAUCAAGGUUAUUCAAGCAACUCACUUCGCAGCUGACCCUGGAUUCACUCCAAAGAAAACAAACUCUCUCCAACUCCAGUUCACUAAUGUCUCUGCAACCAUUUAUUGAUGAUUCUGAUAUUCUCAGAGUAGGUGGUAGAAAACAACUUUCUCAAACCUCCAACUAUCAGUCUCGACACCCAGCCAUUUUACAUGGAAAACAUCCUCUCACCCACUUGAUUACGACAUGAACACCAGCGACUACUACAUGCAGGUCCUACUCUACUCUCUGCCUCCCUAUCCAGACGUUAUCACAUUGUUGGUGGACGUAAAGUAGUCAGAUCAGUUGCUAGGAAAUGCAUUAUUUGCCGCAGGUACACAGCAAGACCCAAACCUCAGAUGCUUGGACAACUCCCUAUCGAAAGGAUCACACCUGGCUCAGUCUUUGACAAAGUCGGCGUCGACUAUGCUAUGCUGGUCCUUUGAUGA